CACAUAGUUAUACUUCAGCGUGUCUGCUGGUUGCAUAUAGUAUUGAUUUUUGGUCACAUUGCCGAAGCGCAAGCUCUUCUGUACAAUUUUUGACAAAUGUGCAACUUGGUCAACGCUGCGUUGAAAGCCGCGAACAUGGAGAGCCCUUUCCCAGUAUGCAUAGUCCCUUGUAUCUUAGCUGUGCUUACAAUUAUUACCUUUGCUCUCGUGUGGAGCGUUCGCAAGAAGCCUGUGAGCAAGCCUGAAGACGAGGCUGAAAAGCCCAAAGAGCAAGACCAGCCCCAAGGAUCAGUCUUCGUAGCAGAUAGCGACGGUCACGUCAUCCGUCGGUCGUCCAGGCUUCGCAAGCCCACCGCUGCCUCAACUGAAACUACUCCUGUGAAGAGUAAGCCGGAGGGCGCCCCCAAGACGCCAGCUGCAA